GAACCACGACGAUGAUAACCGCCAGAACACUAAGACAGACUAUAAACAAGGCGAAGCCUUACACGGCGAGAUUGUACUCCUCUGGUAAUACUGACAAAUCGCAGGGAUAUUUGAAUUCAUUCCUCCACGGUAGCCAUACCGCACAAAAAGAGGGCGCAGAGGCUGAGAAGAUAGGCCACAGUAGGUCUGUAGGUCGCAACAAGUACAUACACGAAAUCCAGAAGCACCACGUCAAGCCGGCGAAAAUAGAUGACUACAAGGCAGCAGUUCAGGAUUAUUAUCUCUCGCUCAUCGGUGAUAAAGAAAAUCAUCUGAAGUUGACAGGUAGUUGGGAAGUCAUGUAUGGCGAGCAGGAUACUUUCAUCCACAUCCUCGAGUAUGAGGGCUUCAAGGGCCUUGAUGAUACCCUCGCACUCGUCCGUAAGACCAACGCCAAUGCCUUAUUCAACGAGCGUGUAAGACCACUACUCAACCAUCGCACCUCGGAACUCUCCCAGGAAUUCGCGUUUUUCCCUUCUUCACCUCCGCAUUCUGCCGGUGGUAUCUUUGAAUUGCGCAGAUAUCAGCUCAAGCCGGGUUCUCUUCUCCAGUGGGAAUCAUUCUGGCGUAAAGGUUUAGAAGCCCGUCGUCAGUUUGUUACUCCAGUCGGCGCCUGGUUCUCACAAGUCGGCCAGUUGCACAACGUUACCCAUAUGUGGCAAUAUCCGGACUUUGAAUCCCGCAAACGCACACGUGAGCAAGCUUGGACAGUCGACGGAUGGGCCUACACCGUCUCAGAGACUGUUAAGUUAUGUAAUACGAUGGAAACAUCUAUCCUUGAACCACUGCCAUUUUCACCUCUAAAGUGAGCUAUAGUAGAAAAUCUUCAUGUAUUUUUUAUAUUUCAUAUCGUUAAGAAAACCCAAAGUAAAGCUAAAGGGGG